GAAAAAUCCAGCGAAAGCUAGUCCAGACAGAGCUUCCUGACCCGAGCGCGUUUUGUGGAGGAAGUUGCCUCCAAACGCCCCGACGUGCACGGAUAGGUCGGGAAUUUUUUGUUUUGCACAACUGCACCGAAUUUGCACGACUAGGCGGCCGAAGUUUUGUGUAAUUCGGGACCGUCUCCGUUUAGAGUUGCAGUGGGGAGCAGCAGUAAGCGCACCUCGUCGUGCCACACGGGGAGGAGAGAGGGCAGAAGUUUCCGCUGGCUUGUUUUGUCACUGCGGGGCUGGUAAAUCCGCAGGAAUGUCGCAGAAGGAGAGACCCACAUUCUACCGACAGGAGCUCAACAAAACCCUGUGGGAGGUCCCGGAGCGGUACCAGAACUUAUCUCCCGUCGGCUCCGGCGCUUACGGAUCCGUAUGUUCAGCGUAUGAUGUGAAGACAGGCCUGAAGGUAGCAGUGAAGAAGUUGUCCAGACCCUUCCAGUCCAUCAUCCACGCAAAGAGAACCUACAGAGAGCUGCGGCUGCUCAAACACAUGAAGCAUGAGAAUGUGAUCGGUCUAUUAGAUGUUUUCACACCAGGGACAAGCUUAGAGGAGUUCAAUGAUGUGUACUUGGUGACCCACCUAAUGGGGGCAGACCUCAACAACAUUGUCAAGUGUCAGAAGCUGACUGAUGACCAUGUCCAGUUUCUCAUCUACCAGAUUCUCAGAGGCUUAAAGUACAUCCAUUCUGCAGAUAUCAUCCACAGAGACCUGAAGCCCAGCAAUCUCGCUGUGAAUGAAGACUGUGAGCUCAAGAUCCUGGACUUUGGUUUAGCGCGGCACACAGAUGAUGAAAUGACGGGCUACGUAGCCACCCGGUGGUACCGAGCCCCAGAGAUCAUGCUCAACUGGAUGCACUACAACAUGACAGUGGAUAUCUGGUCAGUGGGCUGCAUCAUGGCUGAACUACUCACUGGACGGACGCUCUUCCCUGGUACAGACUACAUUGAUCAGUUGAAGCUUAUAAUGAUGCUCGUCGGAACCCCAGGGCCCGAACUCUUGAUGAAAAUCUCUUCGGAGUCAGCGAGGAACUACAUUCAUUCACUUCCCCAGAUGCCCAAGAGGAACUUUGCUGACGUAUUUAUUGGUGCCAACCCUCUUGCGGUGGACUUGCUGGAGAAAAUGCUGGUGUUGGACACAGACAAGCGGAUCACAGCGUCGGAGGCUCUCGCCCACCCGUACUUUGCCCAGUACCACGAUCCAGACGAUGAGCCUGAAGCAGAGCCUUAUGACCAGAGCUUUGAGAGUCGCGAGCUGGAAAUUGAGGAAUGGAAGAAGUUAACCUACGAGGAGGUACUUAGCUUUGUGCCGCCAUCAUUUGAUGGAGAUGAGAUGGAAUCCUGAGGAGGAUGCACCUUUUCUUCCAUCUUUUGUUUUCCAAGAGACUCUCUUAAAGGACUAUCAGUCUCAUGUGACUAUCCACCACUAUCCUCACACACGCGCACAACCAUGACAUUCAAGUGCCUGCCGUCAUUCAUCUCUGUGGGAAGUUGCGAUAUCAGGGAUAAAACUCUACAUCCUGUUCAUCCCACCCCCCACUUUGUUGUUUUUGUUACCUUGCAUCCCAGUGUGCUGAGGCGGACUUUAACGCUCCUAAUAUUUGUAGUCAGUUUUGGCCUCAGACAUUUAUUGUUUAUAUUGUAUUCCCUCUUUGAUUCACAAAAUUAGAAAUUACAUGUCCGUAUCUUAAAGCAAAUCGGAGAAAUUGAACUGCUGAUAUGUAUUUUAUGAAGUUGUACUUCCUAGCGGUAAUGAAUACUAUAGGAAAUGUUUGAUACCAUGAUGUUUCUGAAGUUCAUCUUUUCUCCACACAUUAAAUUAAAUGUUAUUUCUAUCAGUUCAUAGAACGGUGUAAAUAUGACAGCAAGCAGUAUUUGUACAGAAGUACUUCAGAUGAAACAGUUACCAUAUGUGUGUAAUAGUCAUUAUUUGCUGAGACGCACCUCAGCUGACCCCUUUGACAGUAUGAAUUUUAUUACUAGAGUUUAGCUUCAAAUGACAUAUAAAACGAUACAGUGUGUAAUUUAUUACAAAUAUGUACAGAAUAGGCUACAAAAAAAGUCAAAUAUUCACCUCUAAAAUGAAAAUUCAAGGCUUCAUAUUUCUUAUUGUUGGAUUUGAAGGUUGACAGUGUCCCAUUUUUAACAAAAACAUAAGUUUUGGAGAGUAUGGCUUAUGUGUCACCCAUUUAACGUUUUGUUUGAUGUCCACUCCUUUAGCACUUCACUUUUCUUGUCUCAGAAGAAUGUUUUAGCAAAUAGUCAUCUACAGGACCACUUCAGCAUGAUAGAGCCAGACUCAGAGGCUUCCUAGUUUAUUGAAAUUUGAUGUUUUCCAUUUCAUCAUCAACUGGCAAUGUAAUUUAAACAUAUUUCAUUUAUAAAACACAAUACUAUUAAUGUGUAUUGAAUGUUGGGGGCAUCUGUUUGCCCUGUAUUUAUGAUCUUUUGUUAUGUUGUUUGUAUAUCAAUGUAAAAGAGAAUAUUAUUUGUCAGAAUUUAAGGUUCUUUUUAUUAUUUAUAGAGAGCUUACUGUAAUGGAAACCAAAUGUAUCAUCAUCAAUCUCAUAUGUCAGUCGAGCCAUGAUGACUGCAGCUACAGCUUGUGUAUCAGAGUCAACAAUGUUCUUAACUUGUUGCAGACAACCAUAUCAGUUUAAAUCCAUUUGUUUAAAGAGUUGCUGAAAAUGUAUUUAUCUUAUUGUGUUCCCUGAGGUACUGCCACCCAAAAUCAGAAAACAUAUCCAGAAAUCGUAAUAAGUAUUACAAGAGAGUCAACAUUAACAUUGACCAACAAACCACUAAACUCCUCGUUUUGAAGUUUGAAAACAUUUACUAACAAAAUGUUGUUGUUUUUUUCUUUCUUUUUUUCCCCUGUGUUAGAAAUCAAACACUCACAUGUGACAUACAAGCUAUAUCCACAGUUGCUCUGGCUAAUGUCAAUCAGACAAUAUCAGUGUCUUCACAAGUUCAUUUGCAACUGCUUUCAUGUAACUGUGUUUUCAUGUAGUUCUUUUUUGUUCUAAUGUAUUAUUUUAUUCUUUCUGUGUUAAAUCAAGAUUUGAUGUUACUCUGUAAUUCUGUAAUAUUGAUUGUUUUUAUGAGCAGUGCUAGAACCGUAUUUGUCAUUUGAGUAAUUUAGUAGGGCACAUGUUUGUGAAAAAGAGUGUACGUUUACUCACUGGAUGCUGAAGGGCAAUGCCGAAGCCUCAUACUUGGUCAUUUUAAAACAACUGCAUUGAUUAAAUAGGAUAUUUAUCUUGUCCAUUUCCCAUUGUCUGCAGUUAAUUUAGUUUUUGGUUAUGCUUUCUUUGCCUGAGAUGUGUUCAUAUGUUUUUACUAUGUUCUUUAUUACAUGCACCAAGACAGCAGGCCACGCCACCUGUAAAUACCACCAUUAGAGAAUAAAGACUACUAUUUUUCAAAUGUG